UCAUCUUCCCUGGGUUUUCUUACAUCUUUCUCAAAGAACGUCUCUCUCUCUCUCUUUCUCUCUCUCUCAAUUCGCAUACUGAAACUCUCUCUUCUCUCUCACACUAGCCCACUAGAGUCUCUCUCAGUCUCACUCGAGCCUCAUCUCAGUCACACUCGCCGGCGUCUCCAUGUGUCGCGGCCUUCCCUGGGCUCCUCGUUGCCAGCGACAGGAGCAACUCGUCGGAUAGUCGUCGCUCGUCGUCUUCUGGUUUCGGACCUCGCCGUCGCCGUGGACCGUAGUCCGUUGAAAUCCUCUGUGGUGAAGAUACAAGGACGACUUUGAUGAUUAAAAGCAUUCCUAACAAGUACACAUCAAAGAUGCUUUUUGCUGCAAUUGAUGAGAAUCACCAUGGCACUUAUGACUUAAUGCACUUGCCAAUUGAUUUUAAGAACAAGUGUAAUGUGGGUUAUGCCUUCAUCAAUAUGGUGUCUCCUUCACACAUGAUUUCAUUCUAUGAGGAGAAAUUUCUAUCCAGCAAUUUGAAUGUAUUGGUCAACCAGAUGGGUCUUACUCAGGUGAUUUGUUGGAGAGUCCAAAGGGCGAUUGGGACGAGAAACUAGAAAAAGAUUAACCAUUUGAUAGCUAUUUAUAUGUUCCUAGCCACAAAGUUUGGGACUGCUAACAACUGCAUAGGGCAAUUUUAAGGUGUACAAAGCUAA